AUGUUUUCUGAGAGACUAACCGGAGAGGCAUCUCUUCACCGGGAAUUCGAGGCUUUGAGUGUGUCGCAACGGCUAGUGAGAAGUGUUAGCCAGAAGUUGAGGAAGAAGAAUCAUAGAGGUGAAGGAGAGGAAGAGGAUGAUUCAAGGGGAGUUUCGCUGAAAUGUCUUACUUUGUAUGGUAUGGGUGGGGGUUGCAAAGUUGGUGCUGACACAGGUGAUGAAUUUGGGUAUCCGAGUGGUAGGAGGAGGUCAUCGAGUGCCAGUGAAGAAGGAAAGGGAUAUAAACCAAUAUGUGGAAAUGAGGAGACAGGGUUUGAUUGUUUCUCAUAUGGGGUGAGGGAGAAGUUUUGGAAGAAAAACAGUAGAAAGGAUUUAGAGCUUGAAGAUUCGAUUCAAACUAGCAGGUUGCACAUGUUUCUUCCAGAUGAUGUACUGGAAUUGUGUUUGGUGAGACUCCCGUUGACCAGUCUGAUGAAUGCCCGCCUUGUAUGCAAGAAAUGGAGAUACUUGACUACCAGUCCCCGGUUCCUGCAGAUGAGACGGGAAGGUCUGUAUCUGAAUCCGUGGCUGUUUCUGUUUGGAGCUGUUAAAGAUGGAUAUUGUUCUGGGGAUAUAUAUGCAUUGGAUGUAUCUGAGGACCAGUGGCAUAGGAUUGAUUCUGACAUUCUAAAAGGGAGGUUCAUGUUUUCUGUUGCCAGUAUUCAAGAUGAUAUUUAUGUUGUUGGAGGUUGUUCUAGCUUGACUCACUUUGGGAGGGUGGAUAGGAGCUCUUUUAGGACACACAAAGGGGUCUGGGUUUUUAGCCCUUUAACUAAAUCUUGGCGUAAAAUUGCUUCCAUGAGGUAUGCAAGAUCAAUGCCUGUUUUAGGAAUUUCUGAGGUUCGUUCAGACUUUUCAGUGGUUCACAGUCAUCAUCAUCGGCAAGACAGACGUUUUCCUAGGUCACGUGUUGGUGGGGUGUCAGAUGUUUACGAAGAUCCUCACAGGCUUUCAAUAAGGCGACAAUAUAGAAAUGCUUUUGAUGAAUAUGAGCCUUCAUUGUUGCCCAAUAGAAAGUCACACAGGUUCAUCAGACAAAAAAGUGAUCAAUCAAAUAUGAAGGACUAUAAGAGGUUUGUAUUGAUUGCUGUAGGAGGUCUUGGAUCCUGGGAUGAGCCAUUGGAUUCUGGAGAAAUUUACGAUCCCAUGUCAAAUAAAUGGACAGAAAUCCAGAGGUUGCCUGUGGAUUUUGGGGUUGUUUGUUCUGGAGUUAUUUGUAAUGGAAUUUUUUAUGUGUACUCCGAGACAGACAAGCUCAUGGGAUAUGACAUUGAAAGGGGAUUCUGGAUGGCAAUCCAAACCUCUCCAUUCCCUCCUCGUGUUCAUGAGUAUUACCCUAAACUUGUAUCUUGUAACGGCCAGCUAUUUAUGCUUUCAGUCUCCUGGUGUGAAGGGGAUGGCCGAAUCGGCCAGAGAAACAAAGCUGUUAGAAAGUUGUGGGAGCUUGAUCUCAUGUAUCUUAACUGGACUGAAGUUUCAGUACAUCCUGAUGCCCCAAUGGAUUGGAAUGCUGCAUUUGUUGCAGAUAAAAACCUAAUAUUUGGGGUUGAAAUGUUCAAAAUAUUUGGCCAAGUUCUGGACUUCUUGACCGUAUGUGAUGUGUCUGACAUGAGGGCAAACUGGAGCCACAUUGCUAGGAAUCACAUAACUCAAGAAUUGGACGCUUCCUCGUGCAUGACUAAAUCAUUGGCUGUCUUGCAUCUUUGA